AUGUCAUCUCCAGGGUAUAGAGACCAGAACUCACAGGUGAGACCCCGUCCUGGGGCAGCACCCGCCUGCGAGGCCUGCCGGAAGCUCAAGAUGAAAUGCACACGAGCUGCACCGCAGAACAGCGGGAAUCCACUGUCUGAUCCAUGCGCCCGGUGUAAAAGAACUAACCGGGCCUGUAAAAUCCCCGAAUCACGACCGCUGGGCAGGAGGCGAGGGGCGUUGGGCCGGUAUCGCGGGCUGGAGAAGGCGUACCGGAAGCUACAGCAGGAGGCAAAGAAGGCGAACCUUUCGCGUAGACCUGACGAAGCUUUUGAUCCUCUUGCCCUGCAGACUGGUGGAGGGUUGGAUUCUCAAUCCUUUUUGAUGGAUGAGUCGUCCAGCCAUUCUCGACUCCCUGAGACAAGUUACGCCCGGGCGGCCCCUGGGACCCUUUUUCUGGGGCCUGAAGUGACAACACCGGGGACGGAGAUUCAGGCCGAGAACCAGGAAAACAUAGAAGGUCAAACAGAACCGGUUCAGGAACCGAUGAGUAACCCGCUUGCGCUGUUGACGUACGCAUCUGAUGCCGCACAAGCAUCGGAGACAAGCCCAACGUCACUAAAUACUGUAACCAGCCCAACAUCCAGGAGGCAAAACAGUCGCGAAAUGGGAGAGAGUGAAGGACACCGUUUACUUCACCGACCUGGGUAUGUCUCUCUGGGGCUGCAGUUGGAUCGAGCGAGCCUCGUGCAGGGCCUGGAUGCCUUGCUGGAUCGCGUUGACGCUGGCCACCAGUCCCUCGACUACUUUAAGCAGACAGGUGUACGGCAACGCGAUGUCGGUCCGGAUCUUGAUCCCGUAGAAUUGAGGUUGGUUACGAUGGAGGAUGCAAACUACUUAUUCCCCAUAUAUUUUGCGCGACUACAUCCAAUCAACGGGAUACUAGAUCCCAUGCUUCAUACGCCGGAAUUUGUGCGCGCUCGAUCCUCGUUGCUCUUCACUUGGAUACUUGCUCUCACGACCCAGUUUGAGCACGCAUCUGCAGCUGUGGCAGAGCGUCUGCGACUACACGGCGAAAAGUUGUCGCGAUACGACCAUACAUGCGGGUACAAGUCAGUCGAAAUCGUCCAAGGUUAUUAUAUUUCGCUCCUCUCUCCUACCCCGGCUAAAACGGUGGCUGGGGAGCGGUCGUGGCUAUAUACUAUGUAUGCUCUCGGUGUGGCGACGGACUUGGGAAUUAACCAGGAGGCUGGACCGACUGCGCAUUCUACGUCCAGACCGAGGCCCCGGUGCUCGGAAAAUUGCAGCCCUUGGUUAAAAUUCCGAAGAAAUGCGUAA